AUGUUUGCUGAUGUUGACGAUGGUGAUAAUGAUAGUGAUAAUGAUAAUGGCGGUGGCGGUGAUGAUGAUGUGAGUCCUAAUGGUGCUAAUCACAGCGAUGAUAAUGAUGAUAGAGAUUUUGAUGUUGAUAUUGUUGGCAAUAUGAUGGUGAUGGUAGUGGUGAUAGUAAUGCCGACGAAGAUAAUCAUAGCGAUGAUGAUGAUGAUGAUGAUGAUAUUAAUGAUAGCAUUUUAA